UCGUUAAAAGAACAAUUUGACGCCGCUACUAAUGUCAUCCAAAGUUUACCAAAAAAGGGUUCUUUCCAGCCAUCGACAGAGAUGCAGUUGAUGUUUUAUUCUUUGUUUAAGCAGGCCACCAUUGGUCAGUGUAAUGUUUCCAGGCCUGCUUUCUAUGAUAUUGUCGGAAGAACUAAGUGG